AUGAGAAGUAAUGAAUUACAUUCUCUCGCAACUCCAGAAAUUAAUUAAUUUCUUAGAUAUAUACAGUCACGAACAGCAUUUUUUAUUGACAUUAUUUUACCAAUCGCUAAAAACUGUACACCAUUCAUUUUUCAUUUGGAUAAACUCAGUAGUCAAAAUAGGAUAUACUUACAAAUCUUGAAUAGGUAUCACAGCAUUGAAACGUAACUAAUACUGUCACAUUUUUGCACCAUACAGCAUCUAUUGAUGCCGGCCUGCUUCUUGAACUUUUUAUUUUAAGAUACUCAUGUGAUGUAUCUUUUGUAUUAAGUCAUAGGAGUUUUAACGCUCUCUGAUUUGCAGUCGGGAGUCUUAUAGAGAUUGUAUCUUUCCUUCUUUUUCACUUUUCUGUCAGUUUCUCUAUUGACUUGUACAGUUCACUGGUUGAUGCACGGCUGGUACUAAGUCAUGACGUCUUUUCUUGGUGUGAGCUUUUUCAUAUUAUCCAAAACUAAAUCGGGAAACCGGAGGGGCUGGGCAUGAUUAGAUGUAAUUUAGGACUGAUUUUGUGAUUUAAGGCUUUCUAUUAUAUGUUUAUGGAAACAUGUUGGAUUUCAUUUUUCACUUUGAAACUGAAUCAGUGAAAUCUUAUUUUAAUUUUAAAUCAGCCAUGUGGACUGGAAUUGCCUGUUUUCCGGGCAUUGACCCCUUUCUUAUGCUCCCGGAUGCUCCUGUGUCUAGUGCCUCCCGAGGGUGUGCAGUUUGAGAAUUAAGUGUCUCUGGUUUGACAUCAAGUGGCCUAUAAUCUAGUUCUCUUUACUGUUUCUGUCCACUGAACUUGCGCUGCAACACAAAUGGCUUCCCUCAGAAUUCUUCUCUCAUGUUCUAUGUUGGGUUAUCCGAUUUGGUUAAUGGUCAUGUGGUAUUACCACAAUGUCUUGGGCUUAGGUCAUGAGAAAACGUAGAUAUAUGAGGCGAAACUACGAAAUUAAUGGGCGAUAAAUCAUUCUUCUCUCGUUUAACUUUUGAUCAUGUGUUGCUGCGAUUGGCAAGUUUAUCUCUUCUUCAGAUAUUUAAGAUGGCUCAGUUCUAUACUUUUAUUGCAUGGUAUAUAAAGUAUAUUUAGGUUGGUUGUCAAGAAGAUUUUAUGUUUGUUCUAUGAUAUGAAAUUGGAGUUCGAAGAAUGAUUAUUUAUGUAUUGACAAACUUUAUCAAAUGGGAUAAACUUUUGCCAAUAUACUAAUUAUACUGGUACAAGAUAAACAAAAACUCUUUGUUGCUGUACGCUGCUCACUUUGUGCGAAGAUUCUUUAUGUAUGUAACUGUCUGCUUUUUAAUGCAGCUGUUGCAAAGGCCUUAAGAAGAGUUGCAGAAGACAAGGCUUUUGCUCAGGCAGAAGCAGCUGAAUGGAAGAGAAAGUAUGAAAUUGAGAGAGCACGCAACCUGCAGAUGAAGCAUAAAGGUCAUUAUUUAUGUCCUGUUAUUUUCAGGGAGUUGGAAAUGAUUUAGAUUUCUAAGGUCAAUAGGUUCAAUGCUUUAUCUUCCGGGUUGUCUUCCUCUGCAAUAAUUCUGAAUUGAAUAAACUGGCAAAUGAUGACGUGCAUGUGGGAGAUUACGCUUUGACUUGAUUAAAUUGACUAGUUUCCAACUCUAAUUCUUGAGUAGAAUAACUAACAGCUCAUCUGUCUCAUAACAGUCAGGCAGUCAUUAUUCAAACCAUACAAUUCUAAUGUUUAUUUCAUUCAUUUGUCUCAUACAAUUUCUAUUUUUUGGAAUUUCGUCACUCUGGCACAUUAUCGUUAUUGUGUUCCACUGUAUUCUUAUGAAUGACUGCCUUUCUGCUGUACCUGCUGUGGACUCUAGACAUUGCAAAAUCGAUUCUUGCGAACUAAAGGGUGCAUUGAACUAAUAUUAUUUGGGCAGUUCUCCAAGAAGAGGAUUGACCCCUGCUGCUUACCUGCGGCAUGCACCAUUCUUUCUGUUGAUAAGUUCUCUUUUAUCAAGGAUAGUGCUAUCUGUCUGAAUUUAGACGGCAUUUAAGUUCACUCUUUCAUAUUUCACCCUACUUGUCUGAAACUACAUUUUAGUUUUACUACCUCUGAAAUCUCAAAGAAGUAGAAUGCAUUAGUAGGGUCAUUUCUUCUUAUGUCUCUUCUGUGUGGAGAACAUUCCCUUAGAAAAAUCUUAUAUCCUACAAUUGUUAUGUUCAAAAUAGCUCGACAUGGUACAUAUUUUUUCCAUGGUGGUAUGUUUUAGGCGCUGGUCCUAUCAUCUGCCAUAUUAGGUAUGCGUGAGCUGCAAUGAUCCCGGAACUUUAUGUUGUUACUUUUAAAAUCAGUGUCAUUAAUUCUUGCCACAGUAGAGCAAUUGAAUGAGUGAGAAAUCAUUACUUUAAAAAUUAGUAAAAACUUACCAAUGUUAAGUCUCAAGAGAACGAACAAUGUGAUUAAUGGACUUUUUUUUUCCUGAGUCAUUUGAUGCUGUCAUUUCAUACACGUGAGAAUGCCAUUUUUACUGCAGAACCAGCGCAGGAAAGUUGUUCGUAUGACUCAGAAAAAGAGAAUUCGGAAAAUACAAAGAAUCAAUCUAUUCCGUCUAAUACUGAGAACGAACAAGAGGAAAGAUGGUGCCAAAAGAAUGGAAUUUACACUCAUGAGAUUCUUGAGGAUGAGGACGUAGAUUCCCACACAAAAUUUUCAAAGAAAACGUCCACCAAGAAGGUGAGAAUCAUAAGAAAAAUGGGCAUUAUCUUCAUUUUUAUUCGCUAAAUAUUUUAUUUCCUUCGUGGCUAUGCAUGACAGUUUCACACCUUCAUUUUUACCAAUUAAUGAUAGAUAUUGUAUUUUAGUUUAUGGUGUCGCUGAAUUCUCUCACAAUUUUCUCUUGUUUAUACAUACCAAAUUCGCUGGUGGGUGUCUCCAUGGUGAAAGGUUUCUUUCAUAAAGGAAGUGUUAAGUCCUGCCAUUUCUCCCCCCGGCAUCAGGAUAUUAGCUCAUAGACAUUGUGGUCGCCACUGUGCAGGCAGUACUGGCGAGAAAUAAAUUCUUUAUUUAUGGUGUGCAGACGGUGAACCAGAAACACUCGUAACUUUUACAUGACUGUUGAGGGUUUCCAGCAGAAUGAGGGAUUUCAUUUCUAGAUUGAUAGUUGGUUCUAAAUCUACCGAGGAUCUCUGAUUCGAGGCAAAGGCUGUUGAAUAGGCAAUCAUUGAAGGGAUUAUUUCAGGUAAUAUAAGAGAACCAUUCUCUAAACAUUUACUUCCUAGAUAGCUGCUUCUUGUGACGUGCCCCUAGUACAAAUUUUAUACAUAAUGGGAUUUUAAAGGUGAUGAUAUAAGGAUAUUUAAUUGUUCUGGCUUCUGAGCACUGCCCAUGGAUACUGGGCUUAUGGAGAAGCUUUGGUGGAACCGUUUAGAUAACAAUAAUUGAACAUUAUGGGAGGCUCUUGUUGUGCUUGCAAUACAAUGCAGAGAAUGUGUUUCUAGCGUCAGGUCAAGGUUGAAUAUCAAAUGGAAAUUCUCAAUGUUUGCUACGUAUUGUAGCGUCUCAGGCUGACUCAGCUGAGUACCAAACAUACUUGAUUGCUUUAUGGACUUUUUGAAAAAAGCCCCUUCUAAUCCUUUGGCUUUGACGGUCACUCCUGAUCUUAAUCUCAUUCUGGUGUAUUUGACCAUUGUGUUACUGUAGCAGAAUAGAUGGAGAGUGUAGUGGAAAAUAAGAAGGAAAGGUAACUGGAGUAGCAGUAGUUGGCAGAAUGUGUUCAUUUUCUUGUUCUUCUAACUAGAAGCAAGCUAUAAGUUCUUCAAAGAAUUAUGGAACGAUUUCAUUCUGAUUGCAUCAGAUUGACUUGGAAUCAGGUAAUCAAGUAUCAGAAAAUUCUAGCAAUCAGUUCACAGGAUCAAGUAAACUCUUUCUACUAUAUUAGGAUUUGGUUAGGCAACUUGCAUGCAACUUAUGUGAUGCUUAGUUUGUUGUGAACAGUGGUGCAAACCCUAAGAGGAUAUGCAGAGGAAAAAUGCAACUUGUAUUCACAUCAUGAUGACUGUUAUAUACAAGUCCUAGGGACACAAAACAAGGAAACCAACAAACUAAGAAAUAGUCCAACCAAGAACUGAACUCCUAAUUGUACAUUCUUUCCCUCGCUUCCCUUGAAAAAUUGGUGAGUAGGCAUUCUCUAUUCCCUUACUUGGAUACAAUACUCUCAAGUAUUAGACUACUUAAACCCUUAGUCAAUACAUCCGCAAGUUGGUCAUAUGCACACACAUAUGUACAAAACAAUCCACUCUCCAACUUCUACUUGAUAAAGUCUGUCAAUCUCAAUGUAUUUUGUUUGAUCAUGUUGUACUGAGUUGUGAGCUAUGCUAAUUGCAAACUUGUUGUCACCACAGAGUCUUAUUAGGCCAUCCCACUUAAUAUUCAAGUUUUCUAAGAUGAUCUUCAACCUAAGUAGCUCACACAAACCUUGUGCCAUUGCUUGGAAUUCAGCCUCUACACUUAAUUGUGUUGCCAUACUCUGUUUCUUACUCCAUGCCACAAGAUUCCCACCAAGAAAGAUACAAUAUCUAGACGUUGAUCUCUUGUCAACCACUGACUCUGCAUAACCAGCAUCUAUGCAUGUCUCAAGUAUCAGUUCUCCUUAACAGAAUACCUUUCAUGGUGUUCCUUUGAGAUAAUGUAACACUUGGUGAACUGCCUACAGAUAGACUUCCUUUAAACUAUGCAUGAAUUGCCUAGUCGCACUGACUGUGUAUGUUAUGUCCGCUUGUGUAUGAGACAGAUGAAUGUGUCUUCCUACCUAGUGUUGAUACGUAUCUCUAUCUACUGUAGCAUCUUCAUCUUCCUUUCCAACUUUGAGAUUUAGAUCUAUUGUCGUACUUAGUGGUUUACAUGCGGUCUUGCUUGUUUCUCUAAAAAGAUCUGUAGCAUACUUCUGUUGGGAGAUGAAGAUACCCCUAUCUUGAGCGAGCUACUUCAAUCACAAAAAAUAUUUCAGCCUUCCUAAUUUUUUGAUCUUAAACUUCUUAGCCAAACACUGACUCAGAUACUCUCAUAAACUUCUUAGUCACUAUUAUGUUAUCAGCACAUAGCUAUUGUAAGUCUCCCUAAGAAUGAGUGUUUAAUGGACAAUGUGUGAUCCUCUUGGCUUUGUCUAUUCCACAUGGCAACCAUAGCUCUUGCAAAUGUACCAAACCUGCCUGAGGUAAUUACUUUAAGUUCAUAUAGGGCUUUUUUCAAUUUGCACACUAUAUGAGCAGCCAAAUUAUUUACAUAACCUAGUGGGACUGCUAUAUAAAUUUCUUCCUCUAGUUCACUGUACAAAAAUGUAUUUUUAACACCGAGCUACAACAGCUCCCAACCAUAAUUAGUUGCUAAUGACAACAGAAUUUUGACAAUAUUCAUCUCUCCUUGAAGACAAGGGAUGGUGAAGUAUGACUCUUGUUCAUUGAAAGUUACAUUCACUAAAACAUAGAAUUUCUUUGAUGGAGGACGAUAGCACUCAUGCCCUUUCUGAGUUAAAGAACAACGCAUAGCUCCAGAACAUUUUACUAAAACAUUUUAAUGCUCCGGAAACCUACUUCCCCUCUAUGGGUUUGAAUAGAAUAAUAACAGUAUUUCCAGUCGACUCUAGAACGUCAAGACUCUAGAGGGAAAAUGAUUUAUGAGAUGAGUGGCUGUCAAAACUGCUUCUCCCCAGAAGUAUUUAGGCACAUUGUUUUGGAAUAGAGAGGCCCAAGUUACCUCAAGAAAGUGACCAUUUUUCCUUUAUGUUAUUCCAUUUUGCUGUGGUAUAUUGACACACAAUGACUCAUGUACCAUCCCUUCUGUUUCGAAGUAUGGAGUUAAGAUUUGAUUGAAAUAGUCCCUGGCAUUAUUUUACUUAAAGCUUUUGACAUUGAACUUGAACUGAUUCUUAAUCAUAGAACAAAAAAUUGGGAGAAUAAUAUUGACAUCAGAUUUAUUUUUGGAUAGAAAAUUCUAAUUAACACAAAUGCAAUCAUCAAUGAAUGAUACAAAAAUAAAUUCCCCAGAAACAAUAGGAGCUGUAGAGGAACCUCAUAUAUCAAUCACUAUGAAUAAGAUAGAAAUGAAUAAAACUUCUUGCAUUACUAACUGGAAAAUAGAUAAAAGAAAAAUUGGCAAGUUUGUACAUGUCACAGUGAAAAUCUUCAACACUUAGGCCUUGAAAUAAAGAAAGGAACAUAAUUCUAACGACCCUAAAUGUUGGGUGUCCAAGUCAGCAAUGUUAAAGCCAAACUUUCCUCAUUGGAAGAAUGAGGCUCAAAACAAUAAGGUAAUUUGCCCUUCGCACUGUUUGACUGACUUGGUGCUUCAAGAAAGGUGUUUUCAAGAUACAAGAGUCAAUCCCAUUCUCUAUCAUGCCCAAUCAUCCUCUUGAGUCCUUGUCAUAAGAUACACAACGAUUAAUGGUGAAAAGCCACUUUGCAGUCCAAAUGUUGAGCAAUUUUUUGGAUAGAUGGCAGGUUUCUAGACAAACUAGGAACAUGAGGAACAAUUCUUAAGGUCAGUAAAGGGUUGACUUUAACAUUCCCUCAGCUUUAGCUAUUUUCUUACUGCUUGGACAAGUAUAGUAGGUAGAAAAGGCAUUUGAUGCCCUGGUCUUAUUUUCAGAAGCUCCUAAAUCCAUGAUCCAAGGAUCGGCAAAAGUUGUACUUGGGACAUUUAAUACAAUAAAUGAUGGAAACUAACCUGAACAUGCCAAUGAACAAGAGGUUAUGGGUUUGUCAAGAUUGCCAAUGAUAGAUCUCACCCUCUCAACCUCAUAUUGAUUCUGACCAGCUGACUCCUUUGGCGUUGUUUCAUUAUGUUGUACUGUCAUGACAUGGGCUUGACCACUGUUCAUUGACUGCUCUCGUUUCUGUCCCCAUCCCUGACUCAGAAGUCUUCCAUGGAGCUCCCAGCACCGUUCAUGACUAUGAUGUACGUUCUUACAGUAAGUGGCACCAAAGGGUAUCCUUAUGGUGACGAUUCUGGGCCUUCACUUGUCCUGGUUUUCCACUCCCAUCGACUUGUGCUCUCUCUAUGUCCAUGACUGAAUUAUUGCCACCUCUAGCCACCAUUGACAUGCUGUCCAUGCCUUGUCGUUCGAGUAUCUGGCUUCUUCUGCUUUCCUCUCCUCAAAUCAGUGCCACCAACUCAUUAAAGCACGGAACCUCCUCUUUGCUGAGAAUCUGAAUUCUUACUUGAUCAAAUUCUGGAUUAAGCCCAGAAAGGAACUCAUAGACGCUGUCUUGCUCGAUGAAAUCCUUUGUAGGACACAUGACAUUUGGUUUUGAUUGCCCUAUAAUGGUCAGCUGAUUUGCAUAUUUCGUAACUGUCUUGCUUCGCUGUUUUGCAGCCAUUGUCUUCAACUUCAUAGACUUGCACUGCAUCUGUAGCUUUAGAGUAUGUCUGUUGCCCAACAAACUAGGAAACGGUCCAACUAAAAACCAAACUUCUAAUUAUGCGUUAUUUCCCACAUAUUAGACAUUUGAAAGGUAUUAGACAAGAUGUAGGUCUCUACUUCAGCUGAACGAAAAUGGAUUGAAGUCAUAAUAUUUGAUUGAGUUAAUCCAAGGUGACAGAAUCAUCUACGAGAUUACUAUUUUCCAUGAGGAAGUUUGUCUGACCUAGGGAAGGAAUUUAUGUUCUCAGGUGAGCAGAUAUCACAUUCUUGAGUUUGAGAUUUAAUCACCAACUACUGGGCGGAAUUCCAAAAUCCUGCACGCUCUAUUGUUUCUGGAGGCCUUGGCAUGCAUCAGUUUUAGUCAGGGCUCAAUGGUUUACUUGCUAGUCCGGUUUGGGAUAAUUUUGUCCCAGACUAUUCAGUUUCUGGCCAAAUAAUGUAGUCCAAUUUUGGACGUUGUGCUGAUCUAAAAUGACAACGUAAAGAAAAGAGGAAGCGAAAAAGAAGGAGAAUGGGGAAUGAGGAAGAAACUUGCCUUCACUGUUCAUUGUGAUGCCAACCUGUUGAUGCCCAACCAGUCAGCUGCUGUUACUAUUGCGGUGUACCUUUCAAUCUGUAAGAAUUUCUAUUCUUUGUAGAAAGCAUGAGAAUAAAAGGUCAUGAUGCAGCUUUCUGGCAAUAUAAUUCAGAAAACAAAUGUGAGGCCAUGAUGAUAUUUGAAUGCUCAGCGUAUAUUUGCUUUGAUAUCUAAUGAUCACUUGAACACAUGCCAUUUUUGUUUGUUCAUUUCAUCAUAUUAAAAAAUAUGUUGAUUUGAAUAAAGAUAUUAAGUUCUCCUUGUUGAAUAACGUGCUACUUUGUUUCCAUAAAAAUCGUUCAGGCAUUAUUUAAGCUUUAUUGGGGAUGCAAUGGAGAAAAGAAUGGACAACAUAAGCGUGACAUCGUUUCUUUUGAAAGAGGAAACAUUACUACCGCAGAACGUAGCAGUAAGCAGGUCAGUCUACUGAUGAUUAGAGCACCUAUUUAAUUAAGAAUAUUUUUUAUUAUCCUUUUUCUACGAAGAUGAAUUCCUGCAUAGGUACAUUCUGAACUCAUCCUGAAAAAAAUAUUCAUUUCUUGUCAGAUAUUUUUGAAAUGGGAGUCGAGGCCACGGACUGUCCUUAUCCUGACAAAACCUAAUUCAAAUUAUGUACGUGCUCUGUGUUCUGAAAUGAUCAGGUGUGCUUGCUGAAGCUGUCCCCUUGUCAUCUAUUUGAGCUUCAGAAACAUGUCAUUUUCAGCUUCGAAACAUAUGUAUUUCACAAACAUGCCUACUACACAUUUCGUAUGCAGCAACCGUUUGUUACUCGGAAAAAGCCCAAUAUUUUACAGAAAAAUUGUCUGCUAAUUUUUUAUUCAAUCUGAGGGUACUUUGAUGGACAUAGACUUAUCUUUAAAUGGAAUUUAUAUGUUUGCAGGAUGCACUUGUCGUACUUUUCAAUAAUUAUACAUCUUAAUGAUUGAUGUAAACUCUGACAAUAAGUAAAUAUCCUUAUGAUACAUCUUUUAAGAAUUUAUUUUUAUAUUCAUUGCAACCAAACGUUCAUCCUUGUGGUUAAGUUACGCUCUUCUUCUCCUUUGAUGCAAAGCUAUUCGCAUUUACAUCUAAAUGGAAAUGUGAUUCGCAUUCCUACAGGUGGGAGCUUCGGAUUGAUGACCCUUUCUGGACGACCUUAUGUUUAUAAAUUUCCAUUCUUGUCCUGGAUGCCUAGCCAAUGUCCAGAUUGAUAAUUUUUUGAUAUUGGCAUCCUGGUUCUCUUUUAAUUGCUUCUACCAGGAUCGCUUCAUCCGUUGCGCUACAUCAUGUUUUAAUUUCAUUCCGAGUCACCUAAGCAACGUCUUCUUAGAUUUCAUGGUUGAAUACUCUUUUUUGUGUAUCACAAUUGCAGGUGGCUUAAACAUCACAAAAACAUGAAUGUAUUGGUUGAGCCUCGAGUGAGGACUGAGCUUCUAAUGGAAGGCCCUGAGUUUGGUUUCGUCCGAACUUGGGAACAUGGUCAGUUAUAGAUCUUUCCCCCUUCCAUUGAUGUAUUAACUGUUCCGUGGUGUCACUGGGCAUACAUAUUUUUCAACGGACUGGGAAGGGGUUGGGCUUUAUAAUGUCCGGGACUGGCCCUCUUUUUCAAUGGGGCCCUAGACAGAGACUUGUCACUUGAAAGUAACGGGCAAUAGACAUGGGAAUCUUGCUCAUUUUUCUUUUGCGUGCACUCAUAUAAUACAUAUUAAUUUUCAACUAGUGCUUGCUGAAUUUCUUCUUGUUUAAGACCACUAUAUGAAGUUAUUUUCAGCUUUUUUUUCUUCUAUGACGCAGAAGACGAAAUUAAGCACCUACAUACAAAAGUGGACCUUGUUGUGACUCUUGGUGGUGAUGGAACUGUACUUUGGGUAUGCAUUUUGGAAUCUUCUUCCCUGAUCAAUUAGCACGGUCUUUUAUCACAUAUUGCCUUAUGAAAUCAUACAAAAACUACAAAACUGAUCCUAAUGAAGCAUCAAGUUGUGUAUUCUUUUAUUUUAUUUUUUAUCCCUUAUGAAGCAUAAGGUCCCCAAACGUCGCCCUAACAAUUGUCUUCAUACGAACUUACAUUGUUCUAAAUUAUCCAGCGUGAAAAUAUCAAUCCUUUGUUGUGAUCUGUACAAAUAUGCUUACGAAAAUUCAAAGCAUAAUAAAUAGAGGGUUGUUUACGAGCCCACAAUAGAUCAAAUAAUUAUCCAUUCACAGGGAACAUGACAUAGCUGAUACGCUUUUAAGGCCAUUAUUUCCUCCAGUAGUUAGUGAGAUUCGUGUUUAGUAACACUUUCAGCGUUCUGUCGCUUGAAACUAUUUCCCACUUUCCUUGCAAACCUGAGAGGCCAUUUAAAGAACUGUCCCUGCUGUGCUUGUGCUAUGGAUUGUUUUUUCUUUUAUUUCUCAACGCUGUUAAUGUGCGGAGUUUUACAGCCCUAUGUAUAAUAUAACUCAUUAUUUUGGAUAUAUUCCGUCUCUAUGAUAUCUUAUCUGAUAUCAGUGAACCAUUUGUUUAUGUUGUCAGGCGGCAUCACUGUUCAAAGGACCACUUCCUCCGGUGGUUCCAUUUUCACUUGGAUCUCUUGGCUUCAUGACACCAUUUCGUAUCCUUUUUGAAAAAAAAAAUGACAAAAAAUCCACCUUACAUGAAAUGAAUGAUCUGACCUGUAACUAUUUAAAACUCCGGCUUAUAGCAAAAUAAACAUAUUAUACAUUUAUUCUUUAGCAUCUUAUUCCCUGACUGCGAAGUAUGGCCAGCCGCUUAUCUAUGUAUUUAUGAUCCAUCAAUAAGUUGAUGCGGCAAUCUUAUGGUGAUGAACGAGAAUGAAAAAAGAUAUCAGAAAAAAAAAACAAUUUUCAGUCUUACCAUUAUUAUAUCAUCGCAUUCAGCAUUUUUCUAUAACUCCACCUCUUUUUCCUUCUUGGAACAUGUAUUUUUUUUUCUUUAACUGCUCCUAGAAAGUGAAAAUUACAAGGAGUACCUGGACACAAUACUGGAGGGACCCAUCAGCAUUACCUUGAGGCACAGGCUGCAGUGUCAUGUGAUCCGCGACCAUGCAAAAGAUGAACUGGAUACAGAGGAACCCAUCUUGGUGCUCAAUGAAGUGACAAUAGAUCGUGGGAUAUCCUCAUUCCUCACUUAUCUUGAAUGCUACUGCGACAACUCCUUUGUGACUUGCGUGCAAGGCGAUGGUCUGAUCUUGUCAACAACGUCCGGAAGCACUGCAUAUUCUCUUGCAGCAGGGGGAUCGAUGGUCCAUCCUCAGGUACGUCUUUGUCCUCUCUCAGCCUGAGCUUGCUAGGAAAACAUGACCUGUCUUCUUCUUAUUCUCGGAAGAAGAAGAAGAAGAAGAAGCUUGCUGACUUGCCUGAAUUGAAUCUCUGCGGCUUAUUUGUAUUUUGCAGGUGCCGGGGAUCCUGUUCACGCCGAUCUGCCCGCAUUCGCUGUCGUUCCGGCCGCUGAUUCUGCCGGAGUACGUGACGCUGCGGAUUCAGGUGCCCUUCAACAGCCGGGGCCACGCGUGGGCGUCGUUCGACGGGAAGAACAGGAAGGAGCUGGCGGCGGGGGACGCGCUGAUCUGCAGCAUGGCGCCGUGGCCGGUGCCGACGGCAUGCAUGGAGGACUCCACCCGCGACUUCCUCCGCAGCAUCCGCGAGGGCCUCCACUGGAACGUGAGGAAGAGCCAGUCCUUCGACGGCCCCCGCGAUUCCUGA